CUGCACCGUAGACUCCUCCCAUUAAUAACGCCUUUGCAGCCUUCCUUAGCUCGAGCAGAAACUGGAGCUUUUUCUCGCGAGGAAGGACGCCAUUAUCGGAAUCCCUACAAACAACACGAGAAUUCAUCAUUCACACGUCGGAGCAGACUCUGGAGGUGACAAAAGGGAAUCACACUUGGCUCUGCCCUACACUCUCCACUGCUCCCCUAUGAUUGGCUAAGGCCUGUGAUUGCAGCAUUUUUGUUGUUCACCUGGAAACGGCAGCCUGAAUGAUGUCAGAGCAGGAUCUGGUGGAGAUGGUACAGAUUGCGGUGGAAGAUCUGAACCAGGAAGACCACUCUGCUGUUUUGGAUGCGGAUGAUAAACCAGACAGGAAGAGGCAGAGGGUGGAGAUAACCAGUCAGGAUGGCUCUCUCAAGACCUUAUUGUUUUCCAUCACUCAGACAAUCUGCCAGCGUCUGGAUGGCAUUGAGGCAAAGCUGCAGGCACUGGAAGAGAAGCUGGAUGUAGUUGUGAGCAAGAAUCAGGGGCCCAUUCAGGUUCCCAUGGUGGCUGGGUCACCGCUGGGGGCCACACAGACCUGGAACAAAGUUCGGUGUGUUGUGCCUGAGACGAACGUGAUUGUGAGCAGUGAGAGGCCCAAAGGGGCGGUGCCAGAGGAGAUACCUACCCGUGGGGCGGAGUCAUUGGAGAACCUUCUCAGCAACACGGCAGGCGGACGGAGACAGAACACCAUCCUGGUGAAGGUCCCAGGCCCAGAGGACAGCCAGGAGGAUGCAGAGAGCGGUUCAGAGGCCAGUGACUCAGUGUCCAACAGCGGACAGGCCGGCAGCCAGAAUGCCAACAACGUCACCGUCAUCACACUCAACUCUGAAGAGGACUACCCUCUGGGCACCUGGCUGGGCGAUGAGAACAAUGUGGAGAUGCGGGUGAGGUGUCCAGUGUCGCCCGCGGACAUGCUGCACAUCAGCACCAACUGCCGCACGGCGGAGAAGAUGGCCCUGACGCUGCUGGACUACCUGUUCCACCGCGAGGUGCAAGCCGUGUCCAACCUCUCCGGCCAGGGCAAGCACGGCAAGAGGCAGCUGGACCCCCUCAUGAUCUACGGCAUCCGCUGUCACCUGUUCCACAAGUUCGGCAUUACCGAGUCGGACUGGUACCGCAUAAAGCAGAGCAUCGACUCCAAGUGCCGCACGGCGUGGCGUAGGAAACAGCGGGGCCAGAGUCUGGCGGUGAAGAGCUUCUCCAGGAGGACCCCCGCCUCUCAGAACUCAGAGGGGGGCAGUGCACCGGAGACGUCCCCGACCGAGAGCUCCACACAGCAGACCCUGCACUACGCCUUGUCCAACAGUCAGCAGCUACACAUCCACCGCAUCGCAGAGGAUGGCCAGGUGCAGGUGAUCCCCCAGGGACACCUGCAUAUUACCCAGGUCCCCCAGGGGGAGCAGGUUCAGAUCACACAGGACAGUGAGGGCAAUCUGCAGAUCCACCAGGUGCAUGUUGGGCAGGAUGGUCAGGUGCUGCGGGGAGCGCAGCUGAUCGCCGUGGCGUCGGCGGACCCUGCGGCCGCGGGGGUGGAGGGGUCUCCUCUGCAGGCCAGCGACAUCCAGGUGCAGUACGUCCAGCUGGCCCCAGUCACCGAGCACGGCACCGCCGUACAGGGCGCUGGGGCCCUAGCCCCUCCCUUGCAGACAGACCUGGACGGGAAACACGAAGCCCUCCAAGCACAGCAGGGCGAGAACGGGGAAGUGGUUCAGCUGCAGAUGCCCGUCAACACCGUGGGAACCUGAGGGGCGGAGCUACGCCACACUUCCUGUCCGUGGUGACUGACACGCAUAAAGACACUCCCCCACAGGAAGUGAGGCUGGCCUGUGGUUUUUUUUAUACAAACAGAAGGGCUGAAUUGAUGAAAGGGUAUUUAUCCAUGGGAUUAUUGACUGAUUUUGGCUGAGGUGUGACCACACCUGGAGGUCACGAGGGACAGGUUUAUGCCGGAAUCCAGAAACCACAAGAACCUUCCAGCCUCGCCCCUUUCGGCCGCACUCACGGCACAGACAUACGGUGCCGGCGUGGGUAGAGUACAUCAUGGCAGUAACGCUUUUAUGGAAUCACUGACACAUGCCUCAGCCCUCCCAGUCUGCCCGUGUAGUUUGCCUUUCAUUUUGAGCACUUAUCGACAGCUUCCGUAGUGCUGUUGAACACCGCGUUGAGCCCCUCAGUUCACUGAAGAGAACAGACUUUAGACACUCGGCCAAACUGCCCCUUUCUCUAUCAAAGUAGCUUUGCAAGAUCUGCAGUCUCCUACAACAUUCACACUGUGGAGCCCAGUCUUCUGAGCAGAGCUGUUUAUAAUGUAGUUUAAUUUGAGGGUAUUUUCUUCUGACAAACGUUUUAAUUUAUCAUUUCAACCCUCCUAGUUUUCUGCCCACUUGCCCCUCUUUUCCUGGUAGCUCUCAUGAUAUUUAACUCAAAUAGCUUCUGUUCGUUUGUUAGUGACAACCAGGUUUUUACCAUGCCUCAGUAUUUGUUGAGCUUUUGUAGACGGCAGUUUACCAAGACACACCAGAGCGUGACAAUGAACAUAUGUAAUAUGGAGGAAAAAAUGUUUCUUUUUUUCUGGUGUGGUUUCUGUUGGAGAUUAAUUCACUUGAAUAAAAAGUUCAUUGUUGCCAAGAAACAAGCAAUAUAA